AUGGGUCAGCAGUUUCGGGACGAGACGCGUCAGUAUAUCGGUAGCAGUUUGGAAUUGAAUUCGGAACAAUCUGAUCAUAUUACCGACAAUAUCAUUAUUUGCGGGUUUAGUCCAAUAGCAGAUUUCAUCCGAGAAGAGUAUGACGAAGAACAUAGGCUCACAUUGGCAGAAGAGAUCAUGUUUGUCAUCGACAUGUCCAAGGUUGAACAAGAAAAUCGUCUUGGAACCGAUAUACCGUCAACCGACCAAUACCUGGCGUAUCGGCUCGGAACAAACUUGAUGGGGGUGAUAUGCGCUGCAACAGAGCUCUCCACGCACCUGCGAAUCCCUCGAUCAAUGACACGUAGUCCGUUGGUGAAGGACAUCUGGCACGAGACGAACCUUAUUAUCGCUGUCACCAAUGAUAUCCUGUCCCUCAAGAAGGAGAUUCAUAAAGGAGAAGUAUACAGCCUGAUACCUAUUCUCCUCAACCAGGCGAAAUCACCGCAAACCGCCAUCGACAUCUCAAUCCAGAUUCUCAAGGAUUCAUUUGCGGACUUGGACCGCAUUGAAGCUGAUAUUGUGGCAAGGUCUGAUCAAAUGCCUUUGAAAUUCUUGAUCGAAUCAUGCCGCCACUACUGCACGGGCUUCAUUGAGUGGAGGUUCGUGAGGCCUUUCCCAGGAUAUUGGACUGCCUUUAACGCUAGGAUAUAG